GAUUUGCUUUUCCACCACCUAACCUCACUUUUCUGAGUCAAGCUUUAUGAGUCAAAGCCAACAUAUAGGCGCCAAAGAUAGAAUACGAUGGCCUGGCCUACAAGUAAUUUCCUGGCAACAUGCAUGUUGCAGUUCUCUUAGUUUCUAUCUCACACUCUGCGGGCAAUGGUGCAUUUUUUUAGAAUCACUUUUCAAAUAUGGGUAAACUUUUCAAUCUUGUUCUCAUUGUGCUUACCUUGUGCAUUGAAAUCGCACCCUUCUGUUCAUGCCAAAAUUCAAGCUUCAUCAGUUGCAUAGAAGGAGAAAGACAAACUCUUUUGACGCUGAAACAAAGUUUUGAAGAUCCUUUCCAUCGCCUAUCUUCUUGGAAAGGCAAAAACUGUUGCACAUGGAAAGGAGUAAGCUGCGAUGAAAUCAAUGGGCAUGUUGUCAAGCUUAAUCUCAGAGCAACGUCACGGUUUAGUGGCGAGACUGUUUUGGGGAAAUUUAGUGAGGAGAGUUCCUUAGUUGCUCGUGAGGUAAAUUCUUGUUUGCUCGAGUUAAGGUAUUUAGAACACCUGGAUUUGAGUGGAAAUGAUUUCCAAUACAGCGCCAUCCCGCACUUUUUCAGUUUGAUGAGACAGCUGAGAUACCUUAAUAUCUCCAAUGCUCGAUUCAAUGGAAGUGUUCCAAAUAAUCUUGGAAACCUUACUGGUUUACGUGUUCUUGAUGUUAGUCAUGAUCAAGGACCGUGGGCCUUGAGGGUUGAUGACGUACAAUGGAUUUCUAAUCUGUCAUCUUUGCGGCAUCUUGGGAUGGCAGGUGUAUACCUUGGUGAGGCACCAGACUUCUCUCCGGUACUCAACAUGCUUCCGUCCUUGUUAUCUUUACAUCUAUCACUGUGUGGGCUCAAUAAUUCCCAUUUGUCUCGGCAUCCUAUUAAUUCUACAUUUCAUAGGAUUCGGCAUCUAGAUCUUGGAAAUAACCAUUUUACCUGUCCAGUACCUAUUAUGCUUCAAAACAUGACUUCUCUGAGAGUCCUUGAUCUUAGCCUUAACCUUUUUAGUUGUUCAAUCCAGAGCAGCUUUGAUAACCUUAAAAGCCUUGUGCAUCUCAAUCUUGCAGGUAAUGAUUUUAGUAGCAUUGAGAAUGGGUUGAUAUCGAUCUUAGGGAAUAUGUGCUACUUAAAAUCAUUAGAUUUGUCAUUUAACCAAUUUCAGGGUGAGAAAAUUGGAAAAUACCGGAAUUUAUCUGGAUGUGCUGGACAUGAUUUAGAGACUUUGGAUUUAGGUUCUGGUAGGACUGGUGGCCAAAUACCCGAUUGGCUGGGGAUUGGUGGCCAUAUUCCAGACUGGCUGGGGAUGCUAAAAAACCUAAAAUACCUUGAUCUUUCUGGCAAUCAAUUGAAUGGGAGCAUCCCAGAAAGUCUCGGGCAACUUUCCAACCUCGAGACUAUAGAUCUUUCUCACAAUUCAUUGGAAGGUGCCAUUUCCGAAGUACACUUAGCCGCACUCUCAAAGUUAAAAGUGUUGUCCAUCAGCUCCAACAGUUUGACUAUCACGAUAAAAUCCAACUGGGUCCCUCCUUUUCAACUGGAAUACAUUGAAAUGGAGUCUUGCAAAUUUGGAACAGAGUUUCCUCAAUGGCUUCAAACACAAUUGAAAGCCAUUACACUAGUUCUUUCCAAUACAAGCAUCUCGGGCACCCUGCCAAAUUGGAUAAUGGACAUGAAUCUCUAUGAACUGGACCUCUCCCACAACCAGAUUAAUGGGACCCUUCCAAACUUUCCUUCCAACUUGAAGCGCGUCGAUCUCUCCAGUAACUGGAUCUCCGGGUCGCUUCCCGAAAUUAUUGGUGAUAUGUUGCCUCAAUUGAGGUAUUUGAUUCUUUCCGACAACCUUAUGAACGGUCCAAUUCCUAACUCGUUGUGCCGUAUUAAAACUCUGGUAGUUCUAGAACUCUCGAAAAAUAGCUUGUCUGGAAAUAUUCCUAACUGCUGGAGAGAUCAUCAUGUUAUAGAAGUUUUAGAUCUAUCAUCCAACAAGCUCUCAGGUGUUAUCCCGAGCUCUAUUGGGCAUCUUGAUUCACUGCGAUGGUUGGACUUGAGCAACAAUAAUCUCAACGGAGAGCUGCCGUUGGACUUAAAAAGUUGCACAUCUCUUAGACUGUUGGAUGUUGGUGAGAAUGCAUUAUCUGGAAAUGUACCUAAAUGGAUUGGGGAGAGCUUUCGGUUCCUGACAAUUCUCAGACUACGAGGAAAUAAACUCAAAGGCAGUAUCCCGUCGCAACUCUGCCAACUCUCCGCUGAUUUGCAUAUCCUUGAUCUUGCAGAAAACAAUAUAAAAGGGCGGAUACCUCAUUGCUUUGGCAACUUCACUGGCAUGGUACUUCACGGCGAGGGAGAUAUCAUACCGUUAGAACCCUACAAAUACUUGAUGUAUUGGGAGGAUGAGCACUUAACAGAGGUCAUGAAAGGAAGAUUCCUUGAAUACACGUCAACGUUGUCGCUAUUGGUUUAUUUGGACCUCUCAAGGAAUAAACUGAAGGGACAAAUCCCUCAAGAGCUAACUUUCCUGACAGGGUUAAUUGGUCUGAAUUUGUCUCAUAACCAGUUGUCAGGAACGAUACCCAAGAAGAUAGGAGAACUUGGGAUGUUAGAAUCUCUUGACUUGUCAGUAAAUGAACUUUCUGGCGUGAUUCCAAGUAGUAUGUCAACUCUGACCAAACUAAGUCACCUCAACGUGUCAUACAACAACUUCUCAGGACAAAUUCCAAAUGGCAAUCAGCUCCAAACUCUUGAUGAUCCAUCCAUUUAUGCUGGUAACCCUCUGCUCUGUGGCCCUCCACUACUAAAGAAAUGCUUGGAUGAUGAGCCUCAUCAAGGCAACAACGACAACGGUAGAGACAACCCUGCUGAGAAGAUGUGGUUUUUCAUUGUCAUAAUGUCUGGCUUCGCAACUGGGUUCUGGGGAGUUGUUGGGGUCUUAAUAUUCAAGAAAAGUUGGAGACAUGCCUAUUUCCUGUUGGUAGACAGGUCCAAAGAUUGGGUACUUGUCCAUGUAACAUUAAAGAUUGCAAGCGUCAGAAACAUGAUCAAGGGAAACCGCACAGAUGAGUGAAAAGAGCAAUGAUUAUCAGGUAUUUAAAAAAAAUUGCCCUCAUGUUGCAAGAAUUUCACUUUGCACUUAGAAUCUCAAUCUAGUAGUAUCGUUUUUAGUAUUCUAACUUUGUUCCCUGUUGAGUAAUAAAUGCGUUAUGAUGGAUUUCAAUUUGAUAAGUGGCAUUCAGUUUUUAUUACUUGUCCUUGGUAACACUGAUGCACAAACAUAAUGCUGAUGUCACAUGAGUUCCUUGGAUCUCCAGAAAUUUCUUUCGUGUAUGAAUAAAAAGAAAUUUCUGGGAUUAGUGUUGCAAGAA